AUCUUGUUCGACAUUUUGUACUAUUGCUUUGGUGAAGACUGUGCUGCUCAUUUUAUCGUGCUAAGCUUUGAUUGUUUUAACUCAACCCAGCCCAACAGUCAGUGGAAUGUGUUGUGAACUUGAAACGUUUUGCGUUUGAAUUUAGCUGGCCUGAAGCUAGUUUGUGUGUGUGUGUGUGAUUAUUUGACCGCUCUUGAUUACUUUCACACAAGAGAAUAAAUUUUAAUACACGAAUUUGAAUAACGCAUAAUUCAAAAUGUCAGCCAAUGGUAACAACGGCGGAAGUGCUGAGAGUAGUGAGGCCGCACCGGCAGCGCCACAGCCCUCGGUGAGAUUAGAUAUUGCCGACCGCAUGAAGCGUUGGCACGGCAAGGUUGCAGUUGUGACCGGCGCCAGCGGUGCAAUCGGUGGUGCCAUCGCGGUAGAACUCGUCAAGGCGGGAAUGAUCGUGUGCGCCCUGUCAAGACGGCGCGACAAGGUGGAGAAACUGCGCGUCAGCCUCUUUGAUGUGGCGGGUACGCUGAAUUACGUCGAGUGUGAUAUAACUGUCGAGGACGACAUCAAGUAUGCGUUCGGGUGGAUCGAGAACACGUACGGCGGCGUGGACAUGCUGGUGAACAAUGCGGGCAUCAUCACCAAAUGCUUGCUCACAGAGAAGAACAACACGCGCGAUCUGUACAAAACGAUGGAGACGAACAUCAUCGGCUUAUCUAUGUGCACCCGGGAAGCGGUCAAAUCGAUGAAGGCGCGAGAUGUGAAGGGCCACAUCAUCAACGUCAACAGCAUAUUCGGCCAUAAAGUACACCAAGCCGUCCCGGGAACGCGACCGCUGAAUGGAAUGUACCCGGCAUCGAAAUAUGCAGUCACGGCCAUUACCGAGUGUAUUAGACAGGAGCUCGUUUAUUUGGGCACGGGCUGUAAAGUUACGAGUAUUAGUCCUGGCCUGGUGGAAGGAGACAUUCUAUCUGCAAACACCUCGAAGGAUAACGAAAUUGUUAAUUACAUGCCGAAACUAAAACCUGAAGAUGUGGCAGAGGCGGUGCUUUAUGCUAUCACCACACCAGAAAACGUGCAAAUCCACGAGCUGAUCAUCAAACCGAUGGGCGAGUUCCUGUAAACAAAUAUACAUAUGUUUUAAAUACAACCCGAGCCACUAAAUGUUUUGCAGCAUUUUAUUUCUAUUCUGAUACACUAAAUCUAAUCUGACACAUCUAAUAUACGAAAAUGUUCAGCCUCUUCAAUAAUAACGAGAAAAUAUCUAUUUUAAUGACGCUUGCAUACAGGCGUAAGGUUCAAAAUCUGAAAUUCCAAAUGAGCGUCGUCCACUAAUCCGCAGGUACUUAAAAUGUAGUCUGCAUUUCAAGGAUAAAAUUUGCGUUUCUUAUUCUGGCAUGUAGCUACGAUCUGUUUUAGCUUUUUAUUUACCUACUCGAGGCAUAUGAUUCCAAGGCGUCAGUAGCUUGUACUGAACUGUAAACUGAUUUGCUAUGUUGAAAUAUUCAACGAUUUUCUUUUUGUAUAAACACUUUAAAUAGAAAUACUAACCGCGGUCGAACGCUUCACCAA